AUAAAAUAACACUCUGUACAACUCAGAUUGUCUAAAUUCAUUAAUUACAAAAGGAAUCUUUUGGGUAAAGGCUAACGAUAUCAAGAAUUAAGGCAUCCUCCAAUUCUAUAUAUAUAGCUUCAUCCUCACCAACCUAAAAAAGGCAGCAGAAAAAUGAAAACUCCAUUAGCAGCAGCAGUGUUCCUUCUCUUCUCCUCUUUUUUUCUCUCAUUCUCCAAUGUAAAUUCUGUCUCUGCCGAUAAUGACUUCUCCUCCACCAACCAAAAACAGAAACAGAACCCAUUCACUCCCAAAGCAUCUUUAACGCGUUAUUGGAGCAACCAAAUAACUACAAAAUUACCCAUUUCUCCAUUCAUUCUUUCAAAAGCUUCUCCAUUGGAUGCUCUCACCUCUGUUUCUUUUUCCAAACUCGCCUCUCAAAACGCUCUCUCUACUCACCUCCCUGCCUUCUGCUCAGCCGCUAAACUCUUUUGUUAUCCCCAUUCAUCGCCUAGUCUUCAAGAACAACGUAAAGACUCAGACUUUGCAACCUAUCAAAACCAAAACUUUACUAAUUACGGCACGGGUCAAGUCGGCCUAGCUGCAUCAUUCAAGGAGUACUCAGAAAGUGAGAACGAGGCAAACGAUGCGUUUCUCCGGUACAGCCGAAGCGCAGAGGAUAAUAAAGAAAAAUUUUCUGAAUAUGCUCAUGCCGCAAAUCUUGCUGUUGGCAACUUCAAAACUUACGGCACCGGAGCUACCGGCGGUUCUGGCGAUUUCAAAAGUUACCAUAACGGAGUAAAUUUUGAAAAUCUCGAAUUCACUUCUUACGGCGACCGCAGUAAAGGCAGAGCCAACACAUUCACUAGUUAUGUAAAUUCUACCAAUCUCGGCGUUGAAUGGUUUACUAGUUAUGGCAAAAAUGGGAAUAAAGCCAAUAAUGAGUUCGUUAAAUACGAUGAGGGUGUCAAUCUGCAUGACUCUAACUUCACUAAUUACGGUGAGAGUGGUAUCAGAAGUAAUGAAAGUUUUAAAUCUUAUGGGUUUAAUGGCAAUGAAGCAAGAAACUAUUUUACGAGUUAUGGAGAUAGAGGUGAAUCUGGUAUAGAAAGAUUUACUAGUUACGGUGAGAAAGCCAGUAUUGGUCAGGAAGCGUUCAAAUCUUAUGGUAAGAAGUCAAAUGGAGAGAAAAUCGAUUUCGCCUCUUAUGGGGAAUUUAACAGAGACAAUUUCACUGGUUAUGGAGAGGGAGCGGAGGGGAACAGCAUUGGAUUCAAGAUUUAUGGAGAAGGAGAGACGAAUUUCAAAUCAUAUGCUAAAAAAGACGUCACUUUUGCUAAGUACAACGUUAGCACUACAAACGAGCAUAAUCUGGUAAAGAAAUGGGUAGAGCCUGGAAAAUUUUUCAGAGAAUCAAUGUUGAAGAAAGGGAGUGUUAUGCCAAUGCCUGAUAUUCGAGAUAAAAUGCCUAAAAGAGCAUUUUUGCCUCGAUGGAUUGUUUCAAAAUUACCCUUCUCUACUGAUCAAAUUUCUCAGUUGAAGCAAAUAUUCAAUGCCGGUGAUGGUUCUUCCAUGGAGACAAUAAUUUUGGAUGCAAUCAAGGAAUGCGAGAGAGCACCUAGUCCCGGUGAGACCAAGCGCUGUGUUGGCUCUGCUGAGGACUUGAUUGACUUUGCCACCUCUGUUUUAGGGCGGAAUGCGGUAGUUUGGACGACGGAAAACGUCAGCGGAUCGAAAAAGGAUGUCAUGAUCGGAACGGUGAAAGGAAUGAACGGUGGGAAAGUUACAAAAUCAGUAUCCUGUCACCAGAGCUUGUAUCCUUAUUUGCUUUAUUAUUGCCAUUCCGUUCCUAAAGUCCGGGUUUAUGAAGCGGAUAUUUUAGAUCCGAAUAGCAAGGAGAAGAUCAAUCAUGGUGUUGCGAUUUGUCAUUUGGAUACUUCAUCUUGGAGCCCCACCCAUGGCGCUUUCUUAGCUUUGGGUUCGGGUCCGGGUCAAAUUGAGGUCUGCCACUGGAUUUUUGAAAAUGAUAUGACUUGGACUAUUGCUGAUUAAUAAAUAUGAUCAAGGAAGUGAAGCAUGUGCCUAAAUUAUGAUUAAUUUGGAGAAAUAAAAUAAUAACUCGCUUGAUUUUUGA